AUGAGUUUCCCGGGUAUGACCCCGUCGGCGAAUGCUAUGGGUGCGGCCGGCACAAACCCUCAGACAGCUGGAAUGAGUGAACAAGAGCAAGCUAUGGUCAAGAUGAUGCAAGCUGGUAUGGAGUCGUGCCCUAUGAAAACGGUCAUCUCCGGUACGAUGGGAUUCGCCCUCGGUGGUGCUUUCGGUCUUUUCAUGGCCAGUAUGUCCUACGAUUCUCCCCUUACUCCCCAAGGCCGUGAAAUCGCCAACCUCCCCUGGCGCGACCAGGUCCGCCGCGGCUUCAAGGAUAUGGGGACUCGUUCCUGGUCGUCUGCGAAGAACUUCGGUAUCGUUGGUGCGCUUUAUUCCGGAACCGAGUGCUGCAUCGAGGGUCUCCGUGCGAAGAACGAUUUGACCAACAGCGUCGCGGCUGGAUGUUUGACUGGCGGUAUUCUGGGCGCGAAGGCCGGGCCUCAGGCAGCUGCCUUUGGCUGCGCCGGUUUCGCAGCAUUCAGUGCUGCCAUUGAUGCCUACAUGCGUAUGCCCUCCGAGGAAUAA